GUUUCAUUGUCCUUUUGUUGUUCCUUCAUUUUUAACUCUACCUAUUUUGUGUCUCCUAGUUUUGAGGUUUUCUGAUAAUUAUAAAACAUGGGUUUUUUGUUAUUUGUUCUGUAUUGGAUUCACCAUUGACUUUUUCUAGAUCUUCAUUGUUGUUGUUCCUUGAUCAAAAGCACACAACUUUGUCCCAAAUGCUAUUUUGUCUGAUGAUUUUGUGUCUUUGCAAAUUCAGGCUUUAAUGAAGAGAACCUAUGAAAGAAUUUAGUGAAACUGUGACUAGUUUGAUAAAAUUUUGAAAACUAAGAUAAAAAAUUUCCUGCUGCAUUGUGGGGAAGAUGUUGUGUACUUGCUCCGGCGAGCAAUUUAAGUUGGAAGAGCCGGUGCCGCAGUCACCGGAGUCACUGGCGACACGGGAUUUCUCAGCCGGUGGCCUUUCAUCGAGGACCGCAGACUGGGAAUCGAAAUUUGAAGAUGCCCAAGUGGAUGAAGCUGAGUCCACCCUGAAGGAGGCUCUUUCCUUGAAUUAUGAGGAAGCUAGGGCAUUGUUGGGGAGACUUGAAUAUCAAAGAGGGAAUUUUGAUGCAGCCCUGCAAGUGUAUCAGGGGAUUGACAUUAAAACUUUGUCACCUAGGAUGAUUAAAGGUAUCAUGGAGAGAACCCGACGGCAAAAACCACGUUCCAAAGGCGAAAACAUGCUUACCGGCGUAAUGUCACUGCAUUCUGUCAGCCUACUACUUGAAGCAAUCUUUCUCAAAACAAGAUCAUUGGAGGAGCUCUGCCGAUUUAAAGAGGCUGCAAGGGAGUGCAAAACAAUUUUGGAUAUAGUAGAAUCAGCACUACCUAAUGGAAUGCCUCAGGGCAUUGGUGAAGACUGUAAGUUACAGGAAAUGUUCCACAAAGCGCUCGAAUUGCUCCCAAAAUUGUGGAUACAGGCUGGUUUUCUUGAUGAAGCUAUCGCUGCAUAUCGUUGCGCUUCAAUCAAGCCAAGGAAUUUGGAUCCCCAACGGUUGGCUAAUUUACAAAAAGACUUAGCCGCCACAUUGCUCUAUGGAGGCGUUGAAUCAAGCCUCCCCUCUCAGUUACAACUAUGGGGUCUAAAUACCCCUAAAAGCAACACAGAGGAAGCAAUACUAUUGUUGUUUAUACUUAUGAAUAAGGUUUUGUAUGGUGAAAUACAAUGGGAUGAUGAAAUUAUGGAUCAUCUGACUUUUGCCCUCUCCGUGUGUGGCCAAUUUGAGUCUCUAGCCGAGCACGUGGAGCAAGCUCUUCCAGGAACCUACAACCGAGCUGAGAGAUGGUACUUUCUUGCUCUUUGCUACAACGCUGCAGGUCAAGAUGAAACUGCACUGGAUCUUAUAGAAAAGGUCUCAGGAUCUUCAGAAGCCAAGCAUAAGCCCCAUUUCGCUUCGUUUCUGCUUGGGGCGAAAUUGUGUUCCCAAAACCCAAUCCAUGCUCAUGAGGGGAUUAAGUUUGCUCGUCGAGUGAUUGAUUUAGGAACUCAUGGGAAUGAGCAUUUUGCGGGUCAGGCUCACAAAUUUCUUGGUGUUUGUUACGGGAACGCAGCGCUAAUUUCCAUUUCAGAUUCUGAAAGAAUUUGCUUUCGUAGAGAGUCUUUGAAUUCGCUAAACUAUGCUGCUAAAAAUGGUAGGGAGGACCCAGAGUUGAUGUUUAGUCUUGGGCUAGAGAAUGCGGUGCAGAGGAAUUUGAGCGCAGCAUUUGAUGAUGUCAUGAUGUACUCGGGAAUGCUAGCUGGAAGCUCGGGAAAGGGUUGGAAGCUUUUAGCUCUGAUAGUAUCAGCACAGCAAAGACUUGAAGACGCUGAAUCUAUAGUUGAUCUUGCUUUGGACGAGACUGGAAGGAUCGACCAGUUUGAUCUUCUUAGAUUAAAAGCCGUUCUUCAAAUAGCUCAAGAACAACCCAAGCAAGCAAUAGAGACAUACAGAGUUUUGCUAGCUCUUAUUCAAUCACAUAGACAACAAAGUACAAACUUUGGCUCCAAGGAAAGAAGAUUAGAAAUGGAAGCUUGGCAAGAUCUGGGAAAGAUCUAUACGAAGCUCGAGUCAUGGUUUGAUGCAGAAAUUUGUCUAGGCAAAGCCAGGUCGAUUGAAUUUUACUCUGCUAGUAAUUGGCAUACAACAGGUACGUUGUUUGAAGCACGAGCGUUGUACAAGGAAGCCCUCGUUGCAUUCUCAAUUGCAUUGUCUGUAGAACCUGAUUUUGUCCCAACUAUUGUUUCAACUGCUGUAGUUUUGAUGAAAAUGGGCGGUCAAUCGCUCCCCAUUGCAAGAAGUUUUUUGAUGAAUGCUUUGAGGUUAGAACCCACGAACCAUGAUGCUUGGUGGAACCUCGGGUUGGUUGCUAAGAUGGAAGGCUCAGUGCAUCAAGCAACGGAGUUUUUCCAAGCUGCGCAUGAGCUCAAGAUGUCAGCUCCUGUUCAAAGCUUUGUUUAACUGAGUUUGUUACAUCUAUUGAAGAUCAAUGAGGUUUAUUUGAUGUUUGGAAGUCUAAUGCCAAAGGGGUUGAAGAGAUUGAUUGGUUCACCAGAAAAAAUGUGUAUGGAGAGUAUGCUCAGUUUCAUUUUCGUGGUUAUAAUUCCUGUGACUGAUUUUAGAGUAACCACUGUUUCUCUUCAGCUCUGAAAUCCUGUAAACAAUUUGUAUAUUCAUUUGUCAAAAUGACAUUUUUUUAGAACUUUCUGUUCAUAUAUGGAGCUGUUUUAACCA